CUUCGGGGGAGAGGACGGGUACCGCUGCGGCUACUGCAAGAACGAGAGCGGCAACCUCUCCCACGGUAUGUGGGCACAUUCAAUGACGGUUCAAGAUUACCAGGACCUCAUAGAUAGAGGAUGGCGAAGAAGUGGAAAAUAUGUCUACAAACCUAUCAUGAAUCAAACAUGUUGUCCUCAAUACACAAUAAGAUGCCAGGCACUCCGUUUUCAGACCUCCAAAUCUCACAAGAAAGUUCUUAAGAAAAUGUUGAAAUUCAUUUCUAAAGGAGAUGUUUCAAAAGCAGUGAGUGAAGAAGAGCCUAUGGAUUCCCAUAUAGAGGAUGCAGUCUCGUGUGGUUUUGUACAUAGAAGUGAAUCUCAUGUCAGUGAGGCUGAACUGACUCCCUUAAAUGAGGAUCACACAGACAGAGUGGAGAACAAAGAUGAGGAGAAAGGAGAAACAGAAGAAGAGGUGAAUGUGAAGAAGGCAGAGUUGGCUUCUCUUCAGAUACGUGGAGAUAAAGAUGCAGCAGUCCCUGGAGAACCAUCACCUUCUACUAAAACUGUUCAUGCACCACCAAAGCCAGGCAAAGGGGCUGAUCUGAGCAAGCCACCGUGUCGAAAAGCGAAGGACAUACGGAAAGAAAGAAAACUGCAGAAACUCCUUCAGAAUCAGAGGUGCACCCUUGAAGGCUCUCCACUUCAAGCAGAACAUCAAGCUCUACUCUUGCAAAACUCGAAGUCUACAGCAAACCAACCAAAAAGCAUUGAAGACUUCAUUUUUGUCCCUUUACCUGAUGAUGCACCGCACAAAUUGGAGGUGAGGUUAGUACCUGUCUCUUUUGAGGACCCACAGUUCAAAUCAUCCUUCAACCAGUCAGCCACUUUAUUUGCCAAGUAUCAGAUGGCUGUACACAAGGACACACCUUCUGAAUGUGGCGAAAAUGAGUUCACACGAUUCCUCUGCGAUUCUCCCCUUGAGGCAGAGAAUCCACCAAAUGGACCAGAAUGUGGCUACGGUUCUUUUCACCAGCAGUACUGGCUGGAUGGGAAGAUAAUAGCUGUGGGUGUCAUUGAUAUCCUGCCCUACUGCGUGUCCUCUGUCUAUCUGUACUACGAUCCAGACUAUUCCUUCUUAUCUUUGGGAGUCUACUCUGCAUUACGGGAAAUUGCUUUUACUAGGCAACUUCAUGAGAAAGCUCCUGAUCUCCGUUUUUAUUAUAUGGGUUUCUACAUUCAUUCGUGCCCCAAAAUGCGCUACAAGAUGUUUACUUCAAGCUUUAGGUGAUUGAAGCAUAGCAGGACUCAGGUGCAAGCAUGGUGUGUAUUCAUGGCUGCCUGCCUUGUCUGUGGGCUUCUGUCAGCACAGAAUGAAAUGGCUGUUGAACCAGGGCUCGGCAGAUCUCUGAAACCUUUUUCAUUACUGUGCUGUCCCUUGGGGGAAUAAACACAUGCAGACACUGGGGGUGUACAAUAUAUAAACUUUGGUACUGUAUCUGAAGGUCACUUUGCAGAAGACAUUUGUACGUGCAGGAUGUGGCCUUCCUAAAGUUUUACUUGUACACCUGUAAUUCUUAUUUGAUACGGUUCCA